AUGGCUCAACUACGGCCACCUUUUGCUGGUCCUACACAUCAAGAUGGCGGAAAGGACAUUCCCGACGAUGUGACAUGCACCGUGACAUUCCGGCAUCUAGGCUACCCUGACGAGCACAACAUCAUCAUGAUUCUGCCUGCGCUAGACGACGCGCAGGGAGACGGCGUCUUGAAGGGCAAGGAAUACUACUUCCGUCUGCCUGGUGACGCGAAUGUAUCCCCUCGUCCCUACUUUCGCACACUAGCGCUUUCCGCACAGCAAGCUGCCGUCCGUCUGGUCGCACUUCAGAGUCCCGAGCAUGCCAGCCGGCUCGUCGCACCCGAGUACUUGUUUGCGCGCUUUGCCUGGACUGUUUUUGCCUACUCUGCUCAAUUCCUGCAGCAAGGCGUGAAAAGAGUCCUCUACAUCGUACGUGAUGGCGAGACGUCUAAACAAGAAGUAAAUGGAGACCAAUGCACGCAACUCUAUUUAAGCCGCAAGUCUCGCAGUCUCAGCCCUUCGAAGCGCAAGCGCGACGACAGAGGCUCCGUCCAGGAGGGAGAGUGCGGUACAGAAGAGCAAGAAGACGAAGACGAGGAUGACGGUCGAUACAGAGGACGUGCUAGACUACGCGGCCCGACCAUUCUCGCAGCUUUAGAAGCUACAGAAUCUCGAUCGCUACUCGCAGAUGACAUACCCUGGCUCACAGACACAUCUACGCUUGCUUCUGACGCAGACGCCCCAUCCCCUGCUGAUACCGAUGCUAGUCCGAGUUUAAAUGCGAAGGACGAUUUGCCUGUUCGAGGGACCGAAAUUGAUCGCUUGCCGGCUUGA